AUGGAGCCCCCUCCGUCUCUGAACCUGGCGCUAUUGGGAGGGAGCGAGGAGGAGGACCCACAGUUUCCCCUUCCCCUAGGCAGCAUGUCCCACACCUCCAUCACCGGUAACUACCCAGGAUCGAACCACUCCAACCACAUGGGAGGAUCCAGCCUCGACCGUCUCAACGGCAGCACCCCGUCCCAGUCCCCUGCCACGCCCAGCUUGCCCACGGCGUCGCUUCCCAAGCUGCCUCUGUCCUCCUCCUCCGGAGCGCAGUCUCUGCCCCCUCCCAUCCCCAACGCCCUGCAUCCCACCAGCACCCCGCUGUCCUCCUGCCUGGGGUCCCAGCACAGCCUGAGUGGAGACAACUCGACCGUCUACAACGCCCUCUUCUACUCCUCCCACUCGCCCUCCAUGGAGCGAGAGAGGGACAGAGAACGGGAUAGGGAGCGGGAUAGGGAGCGGGAUAAAGACAGGGAUAGAGAGAGGGGCUGUAAACACAGACAGGCCAGCCCCCUGGUCCACCGCAGGGACAGUAACCCCUUCACGGAGAUUGCCAUGAGCUCCUGUAAGUACACUGGAGGGGUCAUGAAGCCCCUGAGCCGCCUCAGCGCCUCACGCAGGAACCUCAUCGAAUCAGACAGCAGCAGCGAAACGAAAGAGGGCGGCGUUUCAGCUGUCGCCGGGGCAUUGGCCUCUGGGGGGCGGGACCGGGACCGGGAGGUACCCCCGACCUCCUCGCUGGCCCCGUCUUCUGCCAAUCAACCCCUGAUGCAGAGCCCGCCAGAGAUUGUGAUUUCAUCUAAAGAAGACUCGCCGUACGCCAGGGGGUAUGACAUCACUGACUGCACGUCCAACCAGAUGUCCAUCUACCACCAGAACCACGCUCUGGUGGAGAGCAGACAAGUGCUAAGCGGGUCGGGGGGCAUGGUGGCCGGCGGGAGGGGAAGCAGGCAGGGGGGGGCGGGGGCAGUUGGGACCGGGCCCAGGGGUAGCACCUCCAAAGCCCCCAAACGAAAGAACCAAAACAUCGGGUACAAACUGGGCCACCGCCGGGCGCUGUUUGAGAAGAGGAAGCGGCUGAGCGACUACGCCCUCAUCUUUGGAAUGUUUGGCAUCGUCGUCAUGGUGAUUGAGACGGAACUGUCCUGGGGUGUGUACAACAAGAGCUCCAUGUAUUCACUAGCCCUGAAGUGUCUGAUCAGCCUCUCUACAGUGAUACUGCUGGGCCUCAUCAUAGCCUACCAUGCACGAGAAGUACAGUUGUUUGUCAUCGACAAUGGAGCGGACGACUGGCGCAUCGCCAUGACCAUGGAGCGGGUGCUGCUGAUAGCCCUGGAGCUGCUGGUGUCUGCGGUGCACCCGGUACCGGGGGACUUUAAGUUUCAGUGGCGGGCACGCCUGGCCUUCACGUACACUCCGUCCCAGGCCGAGGCCGACCUGGACAUGGUGCUGAGUGUGCCCAUGUUCCUUCGCCUCUACCUCAUUGCCCGGGUCAUGCUGCUCCAUAGCAAGCUCUUCACCGACGCCUCUUCCAGGAGUAUAGGUGCCCUCAAUAAGGUGCACUUUAACACACGGUUUGUGAUGAAGACUCUCAUGACCAUCUGCCCCGGGACGGUGCUGCUGGUCUUCAGCAUCUCUCUGUGGAUUAUUGCUGCCUGGACCGUUCGGGUGUGUGAAAGGUAUCAUGACGCCCAGGACAUGACCAGCAACUUCCUGGGAGCCAUGUGGCUCAUCUCCAUCACCUUUCUGUCCAUUGGCUAUGGGGACAUGGUCCCCAACACCUACUGUGGCAAAGGAGUCUGUCUGCUCACUGGAAUCAUGGGUGCAGGCUGCACAGCUCUGGUGGUUGCCGUGGUAGCGAGGAAGCUGGAGUUGACCAAGGCCGAGAAGCAUGUGCACAACUUCAUGAUGGACACGCAGCUCACCAAGAGGAUAAAGAACGCGGCAGCCAACGUCCUGAGGGAGACCUGGCUGAUCUACAAACAUACCAAGCUAAUGAAGAAGAUUGACCACUCCAAAGUCCGUAAGCACCAGAGGAAGUUCCUACAGGCCAUACAUCAGCUACGCAGUGUGAAGAUGGAGCAGAGGAAGCUGAGUGAUCAGGCCAACACACUGGUGGAUCUCUCGAAGAUGCAGAGCGUGAUGUACGAGCUGAUGUCGGAGCUCAAUGACCGCAGUGAGGACCUGGAGCGCCAGAUGCUGUCUUUGGAGCAAAGGGUGGAGCAGCUUACCGCCGGCUUCACCGCCUUGCCGGCCCACCUGUCGGCAACCCUCAGCGCCCAGCAUGCCGCCCUGGUCCACCUGCUCCGAGAAAGAGAUGCCAGGGACGGACGAGGUGGAGGAGGAGGCGCUGUGGUUCCGCUGUCCCCGGCAUCGGCGCCAGCCCCGGGCUCCGUGUCUGCAGCACAGAUCUCAGCUCCGGCAAAGUCUCACGCUCCCGUAAUGAGCCUGGAGUCGUCGCUGAUGCCCCAGCCGCUGAGUCCAGAAGGGAGCCUGGAGGCCAGUCCCAGCCCCAACACCUGCACCUCCAGCUGCUGAAGGCAGCAACAAGGAAGAGAGGAGGGCAGAGAGGAGGAGGAAC